UGAGCAGGGCUUGGAUUAGAAAGACCUCCAAGGUCCCUUCCAAUUCUGUUAUUCUCUUCUCUUCUGUUGCAAUGAUAUUUAUUAUGUCUUGAUAAGUAAAACCAUAGAAAUCAAAGAGGGUGUAGUUUCUUUUUCACUGGACUGUAUUUGAAAACAACCCUUUGCGCUGCUAGGAAUUCAUUGAUUGACCCAGUCAACAAGCAAAUUUCAUCAUUGAAUGGAUCUGGGUAGUCUUCCAUGUGUCAAAUGAAUCAUGAUUAAUGUAAAAUUAUUGUAGCUUUGUGGCAUGUUUGCUUUUUCAUUGUAACAUAAGCUUUUUUCUUUUUUUCUCAUCUUCUGCAACCAUUUUAUGCACAAUUAAAGAUACACUUUUAUUUGAAUCUUAUAGACACAGAAGAUGGCAAUAGGAGCACUCUGGACACUGAGGAUAACAAGCAACAUUGAAAAGGAAAACAAAUCAGUCCGGAAAUCAAAAUAUUUUCCAUUUCCUUCAGAGAGCCACACAAAUCUCCAACUUCCUCAGCAGGUGAGAGAGAAACAAGAGUGAAUCAAGAAAAGAUUUCUAACUGGGAAACGUAAAGUGUGGAAAACCACGUAGAGCAGACAGUGUGACAGGCGGUGCUCUGGGAGGAAGAAAACGGCUUGAAACAAAACACCACCAAACAAGUGACCAUCCAUAUUUCUGAUCUCCUCAGGAAUAUGAGUUGUGGAAAAGCUCCAUAGACGUGCCCAUUGUGGGAAAGAUACAACUUGCAAAUCACAGUUGAUUAAGCAUGAGAGGAUCCAUACUGGAGAAAAGCCAUACAAAUACUUUGAAUGUAACAAAACCUUUGGUCACAACAACUCCGUUUGGUUUCAUGGAAGGACCCACACAGGACAGAAGCCCUAAAACGCGACAAAUGCUUUAGCAAGUAUGGCAAUGUGGACUCACACCAAGGAGAAACUCUUUGAAUGUCCUGAAUGUGGGAAAUGUUUCUGUGAUAAAUCCAGCCUGGUUACACACCAGAGAACUCACACAGUAGAGAAACCGCUUGAAUGUCCUGAUUGUGGGAAAUGUUUUAGUCAGAGAGGCAUCCUGUUGAGACACCAGAGAACUCACACAGGAGAGAAAACCUUUCAAUGUCCUGAUUGUGGAAAAAGUUUUAGUCAUCAUUCCAGCCUGGUGUCACACCAAAGGACUCACACAGGAGAGAAACCCUUUGAGUGUCCUGAUUGUAGUAAAAGUUUUAGCCACAAUUCCACCCUCGUGAAACACCAGAGGACUCACACAGGAGAGAAACCGUUUGAAUGUCCUGAUUGUGGGAAAAGUUUUAGUCAGAUUUCCAGCCUGGUGACACACCAAAGGACUCACACAGGAGAGAAACCCUUUGAGUGUCCUGAUUGUGGAAAAAGUUUUAGUCAUCAUUCCAGCCUGGUGACACACCAAAGUACUCACACAGGAGAGAAACACUUUGAGUGUCCUGAUUGUGGUAAAGGUUUUAGUCACAAUUCCAGCCUGGUGAAACACCAGAGGACUCACACAGGAGAGAAACCCUUUAAAUGUCCUGAUUGUGGNGCCCUAAAAACUAUUGCAGUGAACCAGUUUUAA